GUCAUUUGUAUUCCCCAUUCAAUCACUUACCCAGCCAAGCCAACCCCUGUCUAUUCCGCAGAGACAAUUUGUCACCAGGCAUCGAUCAAACAAGAGGACAUCCAGAGCGUGCAGCCGCCUGGCAACGGGCUUGGGGCGCCAUUGAAAUGCCUGAUGGCUGGCCAUAACCGCAGCGCUAGCGGCAGCAGCAGGAGGAGCCGGAGGAGCAGGAGCGCCAAUGUCUGGAGUGCACAUCCCCAUAUCCAUAUCCCAAGUUCAUUAGACUUUAAUGUGCUUGGCCUCUGACGGGGCACUGAGCGGGGAUUGCGGCUCCUCUGUGCUUUGCACGCCACGAAAUGGAAAGUUUUGGCGCCUGCGAAUCAUAAAUCCUGUGUGGCGUCUAAAAAUAUCCUCAACACUCGAAGGGAAUCGAUGCGAGAGCCGCCGCCGCCGCCAGCGCCGACAGAUAUGAGCGAGCACGAGGCGGAGUCGGACGAGGAUUGCGAGGUCUAUUUCCUGAAGCCGGUCAACGAGUACAACAUUGUGGACAAGAUCAAGGAGGCCAACAAGGAGCUCUUUGCCCCCGAAGAGGCAGCCAAUGGUAAUGGCAAGGUGACCAAAGUGACCUUUGCCCUGAACCUGGAGGAUUACGAGCCAACGGGGGAGCAGCCGAAGGAGCAGAGUCCCAGUCCACCCGACGAACUGCUGCAGCAGUUGACGCAACUGAAGCUGAAGCCCAUAGCAGAGGAGGAGCCAUCGUCAUUGCCGCCGCUGGUUCCAACUCCAGAGUUGCCCAUGAAGCCAGUGGAGGAGACCAAGAUGAUUGCAGAACCCUCAGCGGAGGAGUCCGAAGUGGAUGUGGAGGAGGAAAUAUGCGAGGAAAUCCCAGACAUCACGGAAGUCCCACAGAAGCCUGCGCCCGAGGAAGCCAUCGUUGUGGAGGAGGAGGAGGAGGACGACGACUUCUCUGGCGUGGAUGAAGCGGAUCUGGAUGAUGAUCCACCGCUGAAGAAUGAUUCAUCCACUGCUGCUGGUCUCCAUCGUAGCCAGGAUACAUUCGACCAGGACUACGACGAUGAGGAGUCGGAUCAGAAGAGUCUCACCAAUCUGCUGACCGAAUCCGACUGCGAGGAGGAGGAACGCACACUGAACGAGGCACGCCUGAAGCUGCGAGAAGCCUACAAGAACCUCUACAAGACACUGGAUCCCAAGGGCGAGGCACAGAUUAACAGGUUGACUGGAGUGGAGGCUGAGCAGGAGCUUCCUCCGCUGGCUGAGCCACCUGCCGCAGUCCGCGACAAUGAGGCAGAUGAAGACGAUGACUUGUCCAUCAUUGUGGCCAGCUACAUCCCGGACGACUUUGAGCUGAACGAGCAAAGCAUUUACUACAAAAGGGAAGACUCGAUCCCACCUAACGACGAAGAAACUUCCGCCUGUCCCAAGUCCAGCUCCAAGACAUUCUUCAACUCACGCCGCUUCAGCUUUCGACGCAGGGCCAAGCCCACGCCUACACCUUCCUCGGCCUCCGAUUCGACAGCGACUGUUUCGCCCUCGAUCCGAAUGAACUACAAGACCUGCUGCGAGCAUCGGCACUCGCUGCAGGACAAGCUGCCGCGCUACACCGGCUACAUGUCCGAGUACGGGCUGAGUGCGCAGCAGCUGCAGCGCAGGGAGCAGAAGCUACGCCGCAAGCAGCGCUACGUGAUGGAGCAGGCGCUGAGGAGCAACGAGCACGAGCUGAAGAAGAUGCAGGACAACGAGCGCGCCUUCACCACGUGGCUGAAGAACAAGAUGCGUUAUCCCAUCAACAAGACGCGCAAUAUGUUCGAUGCACAUCGUCGCAGGGGGAGUGUGGCCGCCGCAGUCGCUAGUCCGCAUUCACAUGCACGGCAGGAGCAUUCGCAUCAGCAUCAGCAUCCUCAUCAGCGUCAGGCACACUCUGGUCUACGAAGGGAGGACAGCGAUGAUAUGCUCCAAGUCUAUCGCAGGCUCUUGGGUAGCUGGAACAAGUAG